UUGGCAGUUGAAAAGGGACAUCCUGAAAUAGCUGAACUGUUUGUCAUGUCUGUGAAUUUGUUCCUUGUGGCUGCAUGUCCAUGUAAACAGAGCUGCUUCUGUACUGUUGCAGAUGAUUAUAUGCUAUUUAUAACAUUGUUGUGCUUUGUAUGGUGUUAAAUUAUUGUGAAUGCAAGUCUGUGGACACCAAAUGGUUUACAGUGUAUUGUUAGUUUUAUUACAGAUAUGAAAGGCUAUCAAACCAAAUUGAAGCAUGUUUGUGAGUACUGGAAACCUGGUUUUUCUGCAUAAGAGAUAAGCAGUCGGCGGCAUGAUGGCCGCGGACAUGGACGAGCACGAAACAAAAAUUGUCAAUGAGUUCUGCCAUCAGUUGGAGAAGUCAAAGCAGCUGUUCAAUGGCCUCAGGGAUCUGCCCCAGUACGGACACCGACAGUGGCAGUCGUACUUCGGUAAAACGUUCGACGUAUACACCAAAUUAUGGAAGUUUCAGCAGCAGCACAGACUGGUGCUGGACCACAAGUACGGCCUGAAGCGAUGGCAGAUCGGCGAGAUAGCGUCCAAGAUCGGCCAGCUGUACUACCACUACUACUUGCGUACCAGCGAGACCAACUACCUGAACGAGGCGUACUCGUUCUACUCGGCCAUCCGCGGCCGGGCCUACUACAGUCGGAUGAACAAGGAAGACAACCGGCCUGAUAUGAUGGUGAAGAAGCUCCGCUACUAUGCCCGCUUCAUCGUCGUCUGCCUGCUGCUGAAGAAGAUGAAGCUGGUCAAGGACCUGGUCAGGGAGCUGGGCAAGCACGUGGAGGAGUACACGAGCACGUACAAGCCGGAGGACCAGCUGGAGUGGUCGAUGGUGCUGAGCGAGAUCCACUCCUUCAUCGAGGCCGACAACGUGGUCAACGUGCUGGACAUGGACUCGAACCAGAUGGUGCUCUCCCACAGGCUGCACCAGCUGACGGCGCCGGCGGUGGAUCGCUCGCCCUCCAUGUGUCUCUCACUGCAGGAGAUCCUGGUGGUGGGCAACUGCAGCGAGCAGGCCAAGUUCAGCGAGCUGACGAUCGACAUGUUCCGGAUGCUGCAGACCCUGGAGCGGGAGCCGCAGGAGGAGGGCCUGCACACCGGCUGCGACACGUCACCCAGCGCCCAGCGCAGCCCUUACGAGAACGGCGACUCCAACGGCCGGCCGACGGGCAAGCGGGAGAACCCGCACAAGUACCUGCUGUACAAGCCCACCUUCAGUCAGCUGAUGGCCUUCCUGGCGUCGGGCUUCAAGGAGCUGCCGGCCAACGGCGCCAUGCUGCUUUACCUGUCGGCCGACGGCUGCUUCUCGACGCCCAAGCACAGCGACGACCCCGGCUACGACUUCGGCGGCGUCGUGACCAACAGCAAGAAAGAGCUGGACACGCAGGGCCGGUGGCAGGUGAUGAUCAAGGAUCUGCACUGCUUCUACCCGGGCGACCUGCAGCCGUUCACCAGGAAGCCACUGUUCGUCAUCGCCGACUCGGACAACUCGGUCGUGUUCCAGAACGUGCCCAACUACUUCGGCCAGACGCUGGUCAUUCUCAUGUCGCCGCAGUACGUGCCGGGACCGUUCCAGGAGGAGCAGUCGAAGGGCAGUCUGUUCACGCUGUUCCUGCACUCCCCGCUCAUGGCGCUCUGCUUCGUGUUCAACCUGGCCAACCUCAGUGUGCACGUCUGGGACAAGUGUCAGACGUACGUGGACCACUUCCUGACCGAAGCCGCCAAGGUCAUGACCUCGGCCCGUGGAGUCGACCCGGCCUACAUCCAGUUCUUCGGGGACGACUUCCUGCGGCUGCUGCUGCUGCGAUACGUGUUCUGCGCCGUCGUGCUGCGCAACCACAGGGCGUUCAAAGGGUGCCAGUUCCAGCCGCGCGCGCAGCCGGCGCUGCCCGAGUCUGGCCUGCUGGACCACCCGAGCCUGCACGCCAUCCUACUAGAGCUGGCCACGCUGCUGGACAGCCGGCACUUGCUGCUGCUGCAGGCCUGAGCCGAG